ACUAACUAUUUAUUUAAAUAUAUAAUGUCAACAACAAAUAAUAACUCUUUAGUAUUUUAUAUUACAGGCGCUUCAAAGGGUUUGGGCAAAGUGUUCACUCAGAGAUUGUUGGAGAAGGGACAUAGAGUGGUCGCAACAUCAAGGGACACCGAUCAACUAAAGUCUGCAAUCGCCAACAACUCUGACAGUUUCUUGCCUCUCAAGGUCGACCUGGCCACCGAGAAGUCUGUUGCCGACUCAUUGGCCGCAGCAACUGCAAAGUUUGGCCGCAUCGACGUCGUGAUCAACAAUGCCGGCUACAGCAUCGGCGGCACGGUCGAGGAGAUGAGCGACAGCGAGCUGCGCCAGAACUUUGACAUCAACUUCUUUGGCAUGGUCAACGUAAUGAGACAUGUCGCGCCAGUACUGCGCAAGCAAGCCAGUGGCUUUGUGCUCAACAUCUCCUCGAUCGGUGGCUUUGUCGGCAACUACCCUUCGUUCGCUGCUUAUUGCGCCACCAAGUUUGCAGUUGACGGCAUGACCGAGGGAUUUGCUGCAGAGAUGCAGCCAUUUGGAGUGCGCGUGACCACUAUCAACCCGGGAUACUUCCGCACCGAGUUCCUCAACUCAACAUCAUUCAUGUCCACCAAGACCAAGAUUGAUGCCUAUGCCGCCGCGCACAAGUUUGAAGAGGAUCACCGCACUCAGGUCAAUGGCACUCAGCAGGGCGACCCAUCCAAGAUGCUGGACGUCAUCCUUGACCUUGUACAGAACACACCAAUUGACAAGGUUCCCCUUCAUCUCUUUGUUGGACCUGAUGCCGUGGAUAUGGCCAAACAGAAGAUUGAAAGAAUGAGCAAGGACUUGGCUGUCUGGGAUACCAAAGCCAGAUCCACCAGCUUU